CCGAACUGACGACUGAGCGUGUCGUGCCGGUCGCGGCCGAUAGUGUGUGCUUCGUAGCGGCCGCAGUAACAGCAUUGACAGUAGCCUGUAACGUUGGCGGCGGCGGCGGCGGCGGCGGCAUCGAAGCCGCAGAACAACAAGACACGGCGACGAGGACAACGACGAACAGACAAAGGACGGCCGGAGCAUAUUCUCGUGGCGGUAGUGUGCUGUCAGCCAAGAGCCGCGUAGCAGCAGCAGCAGCAGCAGCCCAGAGGCGGACCUAUAGAGGGGUCGGUCGGUCGUUGUCUGUUGCCACUGGACGCAGGAACGGCGGUCAUAGAGCCAAGAAGCAGUCGAACACAGACAGACGGAUUGCGACAGCGAUAGACACAUAGCAGAGGACAAGCGGCCAACAGCAUUUGCAUCCGCUUCCCACUUAUACCGGUUGACAGGCCGGCAAAUCGGCGGACAGCGGCAGGCAUAGGUUCAGGCCCAGGCGCACGCAGCACACACCAGUGGCAUCCCGUCGUGCCUAGCCGCAAGUGCCGCGUUGCUUCUAUUUCUGCUCAAGUGAGGCACUGUAUCGACCUGUCUGUGAGUAUGUCUUUGUGAGUGGUGCAUGUGCAGCCAAGGCGGUGGCAGCGGCCACAGAGAGUGAAAUUGGGCUGGUGACCAAAUCGAGUGGUCGAACAGAUUCGAGCAGAGCAAAGUGGAGUGGAGCCUGCAUCCUCGGUGACAGUCGCUUUCAUCGUCAGUGCCGCGGAGACCACAACAACUUCUUGUUCAACGUAUUCUAACAGUAUUGGCAGCAGUAAUCGUUUUACGUGCGGAACCGCCGUCGUGCAUUAGUGCCUCUACCGCUGCUCUGACUAAAAUCACCAGACUCGUAUUAAUCGAAGCUGGUCGACGUCUUUCAUUCGCUCGCUAGUUCUCUCUCUCUCUCUCUCUCUCUCUCUCUCUCUCUCGCUCUCUUCCGCAGAAAAAAGAAGUCUUCGAUCCGUUCUAUUCUGUGCCGUUGCGAGUAAGCGGCGUUCAUACGUCAGAGUGACGGACGGACCUCAUCGCGUUCGGCCUGUUGCUGCUGGCUGGACGCAAAUCAAACAAAAGUAUCUAACAGCAAUACAAGUGCCGUAGUGCUCCGGAGCCAGCGUAGUCCGGAGCGUCUGGAAACAGAAGGCGAAAAGUUCUCUCAAUUGUCGUCCAUUAACGGAUUGUUGUUUACGUACGAAGAUCUUCGAACCAGUCGUGAAGUCAGAGGAAAUCUGUUACAAGUACACUAAUUUUUAGUGGUUUUGGUGACACGAAACGACACCACAGGAUCAAAAGCGAGGCCCUACUACGGACAAAGUCGACGGUGCCGCCGACAUCGGCGUUGUCGUCACCCGCAGCCGUCAUCCUGGCCGCUUUCGAAACGUCAUUCUAUAACGUUUGUUGUGUCAGCAACAUCCGACCAAGUAGACGUUGCUAACCACUUUAGCCUGCUGUGGAUUCUGUUGUGUUGGAAAAAAAACGAAGACACCGGCAGAGGCAACGCCGACAGCAGCAUCAGGAUCGAUGUAUGUGUAAGUGCUACCGUCAUCCCUCUUCUGUAGUUUCCUAUCACGUGUACGGCAGGGACCCUAUCAACGACUGACUGGCGGCCACGAAACGAUUGCAGUUUCAGGCUGCAGGGAAAAGAAACAAAGUUGAACCCGACUUCUCCCCGUCUACAGAAAGAAACAGGUCUCUGCAGUGCAGGCAGACAAGUAUCAACCUUUACUAUUAAAAGUGAUAGUGCCCCUUUAAAAAGAAAGGCGCGAACGUUGCUUGUUUAAUUGCUUUUGAGAGACAGAGAUCGGCACUAUAUGCGAGCUCUGUUUAACCAAUCCCUCGAAAAAAACAAAAGAAAAGCUACCCCCUUCGCCAAGACUAACUUCAGUGAAUUCACAGUGCGUGUUCGCCAAGUCAUUAGUCAUCGGGCAGAAUCUAUAGUGAUACAUAUCUGAUCAUGUUCUCUUUUAUUUGGUGGAAAACGCAGCAAAAGUAGGAAUAGCGGGAAUAUAUAUUAAGUCGUCAGAGAACAUCUUUUUGCAAACGAGGCUGUUGUCGCCGGUGGAAACAAACCGGUUCGAACAAAUCUGGUGUCAAGUAUACCCCCGUCACCCUCCUCGCAGCCACCUUUGAGAGUGCACUUGAACGAAAUCGUAGAAGUCGCGUUGGUUUCAUCAGCAAUAGCGACGACGGCGGUGGCGGCGGCGGCGGCGGCGGCGGCACAAGAAGCGAUUCACAUAAAAAAAAAAAACAUCUGAUGCUUACUGUAUCCUAGCUACACGCUGUCUCGGGUCGAGUUGAGAGCUGAGAGCGCGGCGGCAGGGAUACGGCAACCAGACAGACAGACAAGCGGGAAGGCUGAAAUAGUACCACUAGUUCUUCAGCUACUGGUGACAAAGUCAGAGAUCCCGUUGUUUUUAUUAGUGUGUUUGUUCGAGUGGCUUUGUGCUUUGUUUUCGGUGGUGAUCAAUAUUAUUAUUGUUUGUGCUUCCUCACGUUCUUGGGUUGUCGUUGUUGUUAUUGUGAUAGAAGUUCUUGGUGGGAGUCUGGUUUUCGAAGUUGUUAUUGUUUUUAUCGUCGACGAAGGAGGCUGUCAAAGCCGAAGGCAGCCAGGCCAGUGAUGGCCAGCUAAAUGCUGUUGGCCCUCGAGGAUCUGGUGGUUUGGCCACACAUGUUGUUCGCGCAUUAGUCCUUCGGAACGGAGUGACCGAGAUUGUUCGGUGUGCAUGGGCCCCGGCCUAACCAUGGAUUACAACAUCAGCCGCUGCGCGCGGCAUCUCUGGCUUGCGGCUUUCGUGCUGCUAUUAGCCCAUACCCCAUUGACGCCCUCAGUGGAAAUUGAGGAGCCCAAGAUGGGUCGAUCGAACGGAUGCGCAGCGGACCACUUUCGCUGUACCGAUGGCAAAUGUAUACCGCAGAGAUGGGUGUGCGAUCAUCAGCAGGACUGUGACGACGGGAUUGAUGAGCACCAGGGCUGUCCGCCACCGAAAUGCGGAACUGACCAAUUUGCUUGUAGUACAUAUAAGUUCAACAGUUCUUACUGCCUGCCGAAAAAUUACGCAUGCGAUAGGAUAGUCGACUGCAUGGAUGGCUCAGAUGAACGGGACUGCGAUUAUAGGGAAUGUCUUCCUGAAGACCAUCGCUGUGGGACCGGACCUCAUGUUGUGUGUAUAUCUGGCAAGGAAAAGUGUGACGGGUACAUCGACUGUCGAGACGAAAGCGACGAGGACGGAUGCGCCACCAAUUCAACCAAAUGCCCGCUAACGUUAUUCCGUUGCGAUGACGGCACAAAGUGCAUUGGGCGAAUACUCCUCUGUGAUCACCACAACGACUGCUUGGAUGGCUCGGACGAACGAAACUGCACAUAUCCGGCAUGUGCGCCAGGCCAAUUCCGCUGCGCAAAUCACCAAUGUAUGCCCGAACGAUGGCGUUGUGAUGGUCAUAACGAUUGUAAAGAUAAAAGCGACGAACUUAAUUGCACGGAGAAUUUGGACGCUUUGGAAAUUACCUGGCAGGAUGAUGAGGUCCUACAGAGGUCUCGAAGGGAUGUCACUAACAUACCUACCCAUAUUACCAUCCCAUCGGGUCGAGCUACGCCGCGACCCUGGUGGUAUAGGCGCAACAAUCACAGGAACAGGCAAUGGAAAGGUCAACAGACGUGUCCGGAAAAUAAGUGGCUGUGUCCUGAAGAGAAGAAAUGCAUAGACAGAUCAAAGAUCUGCGACCGGGUUAAGGACUGUCAGGACGAAGCUGAUGAGAAGCAGAACUGCACGUCAAUGCUAUGCCAGAGCUUAUCGUGUGCCCAGGGAUGUCGAGCUUCGUUACAUGGAGGCGAAUGCUUCUGUCUACAGGGUCUCAAAAUCAACCCAGCUGAUAACCGAUCAUGUAUUGACCUAAACGAGUGCGAAGAAUGGGGUUAUUGCGAUCAACUAUGCACGAAUUUUCACCAAGGUUUCAACUGUUCGUGCAAGGCUGGUUAUGAGCUUCAAGAUAAGGUCACAUGUAAGGCCGUGGACUCUCUAACGAUGCGCCUGAUCUUCGCUAGACAAGCUGUUAUUUAUGAGCUCAAUCCUAUCGAUAAGUCGCUCCAAGAGCUAAGCAUGACCGCCGGCCAAGUUGGUGGACUCGAUUUUCAUUACGGACGUCGCGAAAUCUUUUGGACGAUGCUGGAGAAUCGAACUAUCCAUUCGCUUCGGUUGGGCGAUGACGAAGGUGACAAGAAACAGGAGCGCUCUCCUGUGCUUGUACCUUUCGCGUGGAAUCCAGUGGCCAUUGCGGUUGAUUGGGUUUCUAACAAGCUCUACGUGGCUGAUAAUCUCGGCCAGAAAAUCGAUGUCAUGCAAUUCGAUGGACUCAAUCACGCGAUUGUACUUUCAAGAAAUCUCACGAACCUUCAGGAUAUCGCUGUUGACCCGUCGGCCGGAUACAUGUUCUUCAGUGACGGCGACCAUCUCGAGCGAGCCGAUCUGGAUGGCUUCAACCGUCGGAUCAUUGUUACGUCUUUGUUUCGUGUCAACGGUCUCACACUAGAUAGGAUCAAAAAACUGGUCAUUUGGUGCGACUCUCAGCUCGACGAGAUCGUCGCUGUUGAUUACGACGGCAAUAGGAAGCAUACGAUUCUUCGUGGCUCAACCAAGGUGCCAUCGGCGAAUAAGAUGACGCUUUUCGAAAAUAAGAUUUAUUGGACCGAUGCUACUAAGCAGGGCAUUCUUUCAACUCAUCUUUUCCGAAAUAAUGACACCACCGAAAUUAUGUAUCAGGAUCGAUUUAUUAUCAAAGAGCCGGGGGUGAUUAAAGCUUACCAUAAGGUAAUGCAGCCCAUGGUUGACAAUCCGUGCAAGUUCAACAAAGGAGGCUGUCAGCAUAUGUGUAUUGUCGUACGAGGAACUGGCGCCGGUAACUACUCUCUCGGCUAUAAGUGCGUCUGUAACACCGGCUAUGAGUUGACUAACGACGGGCGUAACUGCAAAAAGGUCGACACAUUUCUUCUCUAUUCGCAGCAAAAAUCCGUUCGUGGAACACUGAUGGAUCUCCGAAGUGAUGCUUUCUCCGACGCUAUGAUUCCGAUUGCGAGCAAAUCAGCUCGCUUUGUCGGAAUCGACUUCGAUGCCCACGAGGAGUUCAUCUACACAUCAGAUGUCAUUCUGGACGUGAUCGCCAGGGUGAAACCAGAUGGGACCAGCAAGGAAAACGUGUUAGCCGCACAGCACGAAGGUGUUGAAGGAAUCGCCCUUGAUUGGGUGACCAAGAACCUCUACUUUGUGGAUUCUCGCAAAGGUACCCUGGCAGUGAUAAAUACAAGGGAUACACAGCAACGAAAAGUUCUUAUGCGAGAUUUGCGAAGACCGCGAGCUAUUGUCGUUCAUCCCAAUAAGGGCUACAUCUUCUACUCAGUGUGGGAUCGACCAGCAAACAUUUCACGGGCCUAUCUCGAUGGGACGAACCAGCAGGUUGUCCGAGGAACUUCGCUAGGCUGGCCUAACGGGUUAGCCAUUGAUUUCGAGAACGACCGUCUCUAUUGGUGUGACGCGCUUCUAGAUCAUAUCCAGCACUCAAAUCUAGAUGGUUCCGAUGUUCAGACAGUGAAUACCACCAUGUUGCAGUUAAAGCAUACCUUCUCGAUUACCAUUUUCAAAGAGUGGAUGUACGUGACUGACUGGCGUAUUGAGGCUAUCGCUAAGGUGCACAAAACUACUGGGGUGACGGGUAAAGUCCUUCCACUUCCAGAGGAUGGAGCGCGUCUCUUUUGUAUCAAGGUUUAUUCGAAGGAGAAUCAGUAUAUCGAACCCCAACAUCCGUGUCUCACUAAUAAUGGCGGGUGUGAAAAAUUCUGCUUUGGCGUAAUAUCAGCUAGUGGAGGACUUCAAGCCACUUGCGGAUGUCCCACUGGCCAGGUUCUUGAUGACGACCAGAAAAAAUGCAAAGGAGACCCUAAAGCUGAGCCCAGCCCGAAAGCAUGCCCGAACUCGUGGGAUUUCACCUGCGACAACCAACGAUGUAUCCCCAAGAACUGGGUUUGCGAUGGAGAUGACGAUUGCCUUGAUGGAUCUGACGAACAUCAGAACUGCAAGCGGAAUACCUGCAGUGCCCGGGAAUUCCAGUGCAACUCAGGCCGCUGCGUCGCGCUGUCGUUCAAAUGCGACGGCGAUAACGACUGUGGUGACGGCUCAGAUGAGCAGGGAUGCGCCAAUGCGACAUGUAACUCAAACGAAUUCGCUUGCGAAAACGGUCGCUGCGUGCCUCAGAGCUGGAAGUGCGAUUCGGAGAACGAUUGCGGAGACGGAUCAGAUGAAGGAGAGUUCUGCACGGACAAAACCUGUUCGACUACUCAAUUUGCUUGCCAGUCUGGUACUUGCAUCCCAAAGAACUGGGUGUGUGACGGAGACGCUGACUGUGUAGAUAAGGACGACGAGAAAAGCUGUCCGCCGGCCGUCUGUACCGUGAGUCAGUUUGCGUGCGAAAACAAACGCCAGUGUAUACAUGAUAGUUACAGGUGUGAUGGAAUAGGUGACUGUUCGGAUAAUUCAGAUGAGAAGAAUUGUCCGUCACGUUCGCCGAACGAAUGUGACGAAAAAUCAUUUCAGUGCAAGUCACCCAGAAUCUGUAUUCCACUUGGUUGGAGAUGCGAUGGUCAUAAGGACUGUGAUGAUGGCAGUGACGAACCCGACACGUGUCCGCGAGGUGUCUGCCCGCAGAAUCAUUUCAAAUGCGAUAACGGACGAUGCAUCUACAAGUCGUGGGUGUGCGAUGGCAAUAACGAUUGCGGUGAUGGCUCGGAUGAGCACGAGAGGCACGCCUGUGUACAGAAGCCUCUGAUCUGCCCCUACUAUCAGUGGGCAUGCCCUAACGUAACUGACCGAUGCAUCAAUGUUACACUGGUCUGUGACGGUAAGCCUGAUUGCCCCGAUGGUUUGGAUGAGGGUCCAGGUUGUCUGAACGGCAUGUGCUCCCCGGAAAAAGUUGGAUGCACUCAUAACUGUACCAUGACUCCGGCAGGCCCGGAGUGUACAUGCCCGAAAGGUGAACGGCUAAAUGAUACAACAACGUGUGUCGACCUCGACGAGUGCACGGACAUUGUUGGAGCCUGCUCGCAGCACUGCUUCAACAACAAGGGAUCGUACACAUGUAAAUGCGAUGAGGGUUACAUACAGGACCCGGGUGACCAGCAUAGGUGUAAAGCACAGGAUAGAAGUCAGGCGUACCUCGUCAUCUCUAAUCGAAGAUCGAUUUUGGUGGGCAGUCUCGACACGUCCAGCUUAGAACGGGUGCCUGUUAAAGUCGAUAAUGUUGUCGCUACCGCGUCGUACAUGAGGAAUAACACGAUAUUUUGGUUCGAUAUGAAUGCCAAAAAGAUCUUUAAACUGAUGAAAGGUGGCGAGCCGUUAACGGUCAUAUCCAGUGGGCUCGAUCUUAUCGAGGGUCUUUCUGUGGACUGGGUUGCGAACAACCUAUACUGGGUAGAUUCGAAAUUGAAGACGAUCGAAGUGUCUAAUCUGGAAGGAAAGAACCAUAUAGUUUUGAUUAACAAUAACAUUAGCCAACCUCGAGGGCUGUCGAUAGAUCCUCGUCAGGGUGCACGCAUUAUGUUCUUCUCGGAUUGGGGAGAGAAUCCAAGGAUUGAAAGUGUUGGCCUUGAUGGAUCCAUGCGUCGUACGAUCAUUGACACUCGCAUCUUCUGGCCAAACGGGCUAACGCUAGAUUUACCCAAUAGGAGGGUUUACUUUGCUGACUCAAAACUCGACUACAUUGACUUUUGCAACUACGAUGGCACCGGAAGACAACAGAUUCUUGCGCAUAAUCACUAUUUGUUACAUCCGCAUAGUUUAACGGUGUUCGAGGACACAUUGUACUGGACUGAUCGCCAACUUAAUAGGGUGCUGUCAUGCGACAAAUUCCGCGGCAAGAAUCAGACCGUCGUAAGUCAUUUAGUAAGCCAGCCACUUGGCAUUCACGUAAAUCAUCCAAUUUUACAACCAACAUCUAGUAAUCCAUGUGCUAAUGCGCCAUGCACACAUCUGUGUCUGCUGUCGCCGUCCGCGAGUAAGGCAUACGCCUGUAAAUGUCCUCCAGGUUAUACAUUGGACAGAAGCUCGACGAACGGUGUAUGUAUACCAGUAGACAAGCCGUUCUUGAUGGUGCUGCGUGGUAGUCAACUUGUCGAUAUGACUCUAGAGGCAGGCAAGUCGAAUGCUGGUCAAAUGUCGCCGAUUAUUGGCUUGGAUCGGGCGAGAGACUUCGAUUUCGACCAGCAAGAGGACAAUGUUUACAUUGUAAAAGCACUUGAUGAUGAUAAAGAGAAUGGAACCCUAUCCAAGAUCAAUCUGAGGGCAUCCAAUGUGACCAAAUUCCUUCCGGACGGUUUUGUCGGUGCGCCUUACACUGUGGCCGUUGACUGGAUUGGCCGUAACCUGUACGUGGGCAAUCGAAAAGCGUCAAACAUUGAAAUUGUCUCGCUCGGAGCGAACAGCUAUCGGCGCGUCAUCAUUUCCAACGACGGCAACAAUACAGGUGUUGGAAAACCACAGGCGAUUGCCCUUGACCCUAUUGUUGGCAAGCUGUUCUGGUUAGAUAGCGGAAGCAUUGGUGUAUCUACAAAGAUUGGUUAUGCUACAAUGGACGGCGAAGUACGUGGUAUCGUUUUAGACAGCAACUUACGCAACAUCGAGUCACUUACAAUAGAUCCGACGACACAGCGUAUCUAUUUCUCACAGAGCUUUCCCGGUAUUAUUGAAAGUGUUAGCUAUACGGGGACAGAUCGGCGGACAGUGUUUAACAACGCGCUCCGCAUUGAUAAACCACAAUCGAUCGGAUUUUACCAUCAGCGAAUAUAUUUUCUUGAUUCGGCCCACGAGAAAGUGUCAUUUAUUGACCUUCAGAAUGGCAACACCGAGACGGUGAUCGAAGACAAUCUCAGCGGGUUACAAUCGCUCAAAGUCUACGGUAAACGCGCUGAAGUCCCUGACCAUCCUUGUCUGAUUCGAAAUGGAGGUUGCUUUCAUAUCUGUGUACCUUUUAACGGCACAGCUCGCAAAUGCCUUUGCGGUGUUGGCUUCAAGCUUCGGGGUGAUACGCUGUGCAUUCCGUACAACGAGUUCCUCGUCUACUCCGAACUGGAGAAGGCAAGUGCUGUCGAUAUCGAAGGCUCGAAUGAAGCAAUGCCACCAAUCGCGGGUCCAGGCCACAACAUAUUGCACCUCGAUAUGCUGUACGAAGACAAACGCAUCUAUUGGAUCGAGUUCAAUCAAGGACCCCGUAACGGUAUCUUUGCGAUCCGACAAAAUGGAACAGACCAACAACAUAUAAUUAAGGACGGUAUCGGAAGCAACGGAAUUCGAGGGCUAGCAGUUGAUUGGGUCAACCGCAUGUUGUACUUUACGAACGUGUUUCCUCACGAGAACUUUAUCGAAGUGUCACAGCUGAACGGCGAAAAUCGUAUGGUGUUGCUAAAGACAACAACGGAUUCCCCGCGUGAACUCGCUGUUGAUCCAAUUAAACGCUAUCUUUACUGGACUGACUCUGGGCAGUAUCCAAAGAUCGAGCGCGCCUUUAUGGACUGCACAAAUCGCACGUCGCUUGUCGUUACCGGAAUUGCCGCUCCCCGAGACCUGACUGUCGAUAUCGCGACUAACGACAUCUACUGGGUGGACUCGAAAAUCGACGCGCUACAAGCUUGUGCCUUUGAUGGCAGUAAUCGCCGUACAAUUGUUAACGGACUACCCAAUCCUAUGGGGGUGGCCAUUUACGGCGACGACGUGUUUUGGGCUGAUCGCAAUUUGCGUACAAUCUUUAAAAUUAACAAGAAUCGCAAAAACGACAUACCUAAAAAGGUCAAGUUGGAUCUAAACAUGCUGCGUGACGUGAUGGUCUAUUACGACAAUAACCAAUAUCACUCUAACUCGCCAUGUGCGGGGGCUGGGUGUGCGCAGCUCUGCUUUCCGUUACCGACGCAAAUCAAUGGAAAGGACUUCCGCUGCGCAUGCGCAUCAGGCCAACUCGAUGAAUCCGGCCUAGGCUGCUCCACCGUCAAGACUUACCUCGUCUUCUCCACGCGAAAAGAGAUACGCUCAAUGUUCCUAGAUCCACAGCGAACAUCGCUGCCAUUCCAGCCAAAAGGCAACUUGACCAACCUUGUUGGCAUGGACUUCGACUACGCCAAUCAUCGAAUGUACUUUACGAAGAUUCGCCCUGAUGGGGCCAUUUUCUGGAUGGAUCCGGAAAAUCCUGACCAAAAAGUAAAUGUCGUUCUAAACAAAACCGUCAACCCUGAGGGUAUCGCUUUCGAUUGGACACAUAAAAAGAUCUACUUCGCUGACUCAGCAAAUCGCAGCAUCUACGCAAUGAACACUGACGGAACGAAUAUUGUCAUGAUAGCUAACGUCGAACGACCUCGAGCUAUCGUCCUUGAUCCAUGCGAUGGGUAUAUGUACUACACGGACUGGGGUCGUUAUGGUCACACCGGCAAAAUCUUCCGUGCCACGAUGGCAGGCAACAACAAAACCGCCAUUGUCUCAUCGAAUCUAACACAGCCGAGUGGGCUAGCGAUCGACUACGAUGACCGAAAAUUGUACUGGACUGACGCGCUACGCGAGAAAAUUGAACGAGCCAACCUCGACGGCACCGAUAGAGAAGAACUGAUCUCCGCGACAAUCUACCCGUUCGCCAUAACCGUUCACGGCCCAUACAUUUAUUGGACUGACCUUCAGCUUCGGGGUGUUUACCGAGCAGAGAAACAUACCGGAGCAGGAAUGCAAGAAAUAGCUAAACGUCUCGAAGAAUCCCCGCGUGACAUUCACGUGUACGCGCCGGAACGACAGAAGUGCAACAAGACCGUGUGUGAGCUGAACAACGGCGGUUGCGCCCAGUCCUGCCACCCUGGACCGAACGGGCCUGAGUGUCUUUGCGAGAGCAAUAUGAAAAUCGCCAACCAAGGUAAAAUGUGCGUUCCUGAGAACGUUACGUGUGACCCAUCGAAGUUUGCCUGUGCCAAUGGAAAAUGCAUUGAUCGACGGUAUACCUGCGAUUCAGACGACGACUGUGGCGAUCGUUCAGACGAGAAUCCUAAAUAUUGCGCGGUGCGUACGUGCUCCCCGACGGAAUUCCGUUGCGCUAAUGAACGCUGUCUCCAGCUCCGAUGGAGGUGCGAUCACGAAAACGAUUGUGGAGAUAACAGUGACGAAGUUGAUUGCAAAUAUCCCGAAUGUUCCGGGGAUGAGUUCACCUGUGCGAACUUCAAAUGUAUUCCCAAUAAUCAGGUGUGUGACGGCCGGGACGAUUGUAAAGAUGGCAAUGCUACAGAUGAAUCGCAUUCGCAUUGUCCAAACAAUCGCACCUGUCCUGGCCAACAGGUCAAAUGCGCAACAACAAACAUCUGUGCUGAACCCUUUUGGCUCUGUGAUGGAGAUGACGACUGCGGAGACAACUCUGACGAGAUAUCGACACUCUGCUCGCAAAGAAGUUGUCCUGCCAACAGUUUUCGCUGCACUAACCACAGAUGCAUCCCAGCCAACUGGCAUUGCGACGGCGACAACGACUGUGGUGAUGGCGCUGACGAACCGGCUGAGUAUUGCAAGUCUGAAAAACGUACGUGCUUUGGUGAUUUGUUCACGUGCGAUAACGGCAACUGUAUACCUCGAACGUAUCUGUGCGACGGCGACGAUGACUGCCUCGAUCGGUCAGAUGAAGACGCUCGACACCAGUGUAAUUCACGCGAAUGCGAUCCCGAAAAAGAGUUUACCUGCACGAAAAAUAAAAUGUGGAAUCGUCCAACGUGCAUACCGAAACGUUGGGUGUGCGAUGGUGAUCCGGAUUGCGUUGAUGGUGCGGACGAGGACAAAUCACUUAACUGUCCCGUACCGGAGCCGUGUAGCGAAAAUCAAUUCCGCUGCCAGAACAGUCGAUGCAUCAAUAAGGAUUGGUAUUGUGAUCACGACAAUGACUGUGGCGACGGAUCUGACGAGCCGAAAGAAUGCAAGUUCCGAUCGUGUACCUCUGAUGAGUUUACCUGCAGAAACUCAAAAUGUAUUCGCAAAAAUUACGUUUGUGAUGGCGAAGACGAUUGCGGUGAUCGUUCCGAUGAGCUGAAAUGUGCUAACAAUUCGACAUGCGACGAAGACACUCAGUACAAAUGUCGAACAGGUGACCAAUGUAUACCGCUUACGAAGGUCUGCGAUAAAACGCGUGACUGUCGAGAUGGUUCCGAUGAGUCGAUGCGUUGCGGCAUCAACGAAUGUGCCACCCCCGAAAGUAACGGCUGUGAGCAUAUGUGUGUUGAUACACUGCUUGCUUACCGUUGUCAGUGCAAUCCCGGCUAUAAGCUCAUGCCUGACGGUAAACUAUGCACCGACAUAGAUGAAUGUUCCGAGCAAUUGGCGGUAUGCUCUCAGAGCUGUGUUAAUACACCCGGAUCGUUCUUUUGCAAAUGUAACGAUCGCUACUAUGGUCGUGAGCCGGAUGGCCACAAAUGCAAGCGUUUACAGACGAAACCGGAGCCAUGGGUUAUAUUUUCGAAUCGAUAUUACCUGCGCAACGCCUCGAUUGAUGGGACGCAAUACAACCUUGUCAAGAUGGAUCUUCGAAAUGCGGUAGCCAUUGACUUCGACGUCAAAGAGGAGCGAAUUUAUUAUGCCGAUGUUGGUAAUAAAACCAUUCAUCGCAUGUUUGUCAACGGAACAGGCGAAGAGGUCGUGGUAAAGUACGAUGUACACGGCCUGGAAGGUAUGGCCGUUGAUUGGGUUACACGUAAACUGUAUUGGCUGGACAGAACGAGCAAACAACUGUUCGUAUCGCACCUAAACGGCACCUCGAGAAAGGUGUUGCUUCCGCGAGGCAUCUCUGAUCCUCGAGCAGUUGUUGUCCAUCCAGGUAUCGGAUGUUUGUUCUUUACGGACUGGGGUCAUCAUGCGUUCAUCGCUCGACUCGGUAUGGACGGUUCAAACUUCACUCGGCUGGUAACCUAUGCAGACAAGCUCGUUUGGCCUAAUGCACUUACCGUGGACUAUUUCUCCGACAAGAUCUUCUGGGCCGAUGCUCACCUCGACUAUAUCGAGUACGCGGACUUCGAGGGCAAAAAUCGCCACACGGUUCUUUCGGGCCAGAAGGUGCCACACGUGUUCGCACUGUCGAUCUUUGACGACUGGCUCUUUUGGACAGACUGGAACAUGAAAGGCAUCUAUAGAGCGCACAAGUUUACCGGAGAAGGCCUUCAGGUCCUCCGCAACACGUCGCAUCGACCGUACGAUAUUCACGUGUACCAUCCUCUGCGUCAACUGCCGUACAGCAAUCCAUGCGAAAUGAAUAACGGUCAAUGUUCGCAUCUCUGUCUGCUAUCGCCGAAUCCUGCCGGCAUCAAGUUUCCAGCUGAGCACCGUUGCGCCUGUCCCGAAGACUUUGUCUUGAUGCCAAACAAUCGGACGUGCAUCGCAAACUGCACGAUCAGCCAACACCGUUGUAAAGGCCUUGACGAUGAGAAGUGUAUACCGCUGUACUGGAAAUGUGACGGUGAAAAAGACUGUUCAGACGGCACCGACGAGGAUGGCUGCCCGCCGUUCAAAUGCAAAAAGGGUCAGUUUCAAUGUCCCUCAACGACGGAUACCGUAUGUGUGUCACGGAUCAAGGUCUGUGACGGACAAAGAGACUGUCCCGACGGUUAUGACGAGAAUAAUUGUAAACUACCUUGCGGAGAAAACAGCUUCAAGUGUGAGGCCACCGGCAAAUGCGUACCUUCCUCUUGGCAAUGUGAUGGCGAUAACGACUGUUCAGAUGGAUCUGACGAAAAUACAGCCAUCUGCAACCAUGGACAAUGCGACCCCGAAACCCAGUUUAAAUGUGACAACGGCAAAUGUAUUCCGAAACUUUGGUAUUGCGAUUUUGACAACGAUUGUGGCGAUGAUUCGGAUGAACCAGCUCAUCGAUGUCGAAACCAAAAUUGUACCGUUGGCUGGCAGAAAUGUCCAUCUCCCAACAACUAUCGCUGCGUUCCGUCCUGGCUAUUCUGUGACGGAAAAGAUGACUGUCGGGACAAUUCGGAUGAAACGAACCCCGAGGCGUGUCCUCAGUGCCAUCCCACUGGCGACUUCAAAUGUGGCAAUGGCCGUUGUAUACCGCUGCGAUGGCGGUGCGAUUUCGAGGAUGACUGUGGCGACGGUUCCGAUGAAGAGGCAUCCCUCUGCGAAGAUCUCUAUCGGGAUUGUUCUGAAAGCGAAUUUCAAUGCGCUAACAAACGAUGCAUCCCACGUAAGUGGCGGUGUGACCACGACACGGACUGUGACGACGGCUCUGACGAACAAAACUGUGGCGAUCACAAAUGUCGACCCGAUCAAUUCCAGUGUGCGAGUGGCCAUUGUAUCGCUGCCAGCCUCGUUUGUGACGGUAACAAGGACUGUCGGGAUGUUUCAGACGAACGUAAUUGUCCGCCGCGGUAUCCCAACGGAAGACACUGUUCACCUAAUCAGUUCCAGUGCAAUAACACCGUCUGCAUCAAGCCAGAUUAUGUCUGUGAUCGGGAUGACGACUGUGGUGAUUCGUCGGAUGAGACUGAAGCCACCUGUCAACAACACGAGUGCGAUGUGACGAGGAAGUUCCAAUGCACCAAUCGUGCCUGCGUCAUGCUAUGGCAACUUUGUGAUGGCAAAGAUGACUGCGGGGACGGAUCUGAUGAAAAUUCGUUUCAACUCUGCGAUCGACUUCGAGGACCGCUGGUCUGUGCGGCUGGCAAAUUUAAGUGUGCAGGCGGUCGCCACUGCAUAGAGAACAGCAAGGUGUGUGACCAUAAUCUCGAUUGCGAUGACCACUCUGACGAACUUGGAUGUCAGGUGGGUGAAUGCAAUAAGCAGACAAAGGGCGGCUGUGAACAUAACUGCACCUCGUUGAGCGCAAAUUCAAGACACGACUAUCUAUGUACAUGUCCUAGUGGCUACCGCAUAAAUGCUACCAAUACGAAAAUUUGCGAAGAUAUCGAUGAGUGCUCCACUUUUGAUCACUACUGCUCACAGCUCUGUCAUAAUCUCGAGGGCAGCUAUGGCUGUACCUGCAGGAAAGGAUUCGAACGCGUCCACAUGGAGUGUCAUCCGAAGAACGGCGCCCCACCUGUUAUAAUGUAUACGAGUGAACGCUCAAUCCGCUUGGUUAUUCAGUCCGCAGAGUCACAUAAACAGAUCGAUUUGGUGGCUGACCAGGGACGUAUAGAGGGGCUCGACUAUGACCCAGUGGAGAAGUUCGUUUAUUGGGUGGAUCGAUCUGAUAAAUCAGUUAAACGAGCGAUCAUUCCAGAUCUAGAAAGGGAUCCGGAAAAACUUGGCGCGCAAUAUCCGCAGGAUUUGCAGUUAAGUGGCUUGAACAAACCCACGGCCGUGGCAGUUGACUGGGUUGCCCACAACCUUUACCUCAUGGAUCAGGAAUCUUUCGAAAACCGAGCACCCAAAGGACGCUUGAUGGUCGCCACACUUGACGGAAGAUACCGACGAACUCUACACGACCUCGACAUCGAGGCUCCGACGUCAGUGGCACUUGAUCCUGAAAGUGGAGUUCUAUUUUGGACAGAUAUCGGCAUCAAUCCUAAAAUCGAAACAUCGUGGAUGGACGGCAGCCGGCGUCAAACGCUAUUCAAAUCUCGCCUGGCAGCUCCCGCAAGUAUCACGAUCGAUUACCUCGCCGGCGAUAAAAGGAUCUACUGGGCCGAUCAUAAACUUAACACGAUCGAAACCGCCAAACCUGAUGGGUCUAAUCGGGUUGUUGUUAUUAAAAACGAUGUCGCCCAUCCAAUUGGCCUAGAGGUAUUCGGCGAUUCUUUUUAUUGGGUCAACUGGAAGGACAAGGAUCGUGGCGAUAUCUUCCGAAUGAAUAAGUUCGGCCGCGGAGUCCGAGUUCUGGUGCGCGGCGGUCUCGAGUUCGCGAGUGCCCUACGAAUAUAUCAGGACGUCAAAUACAACACAUCGAUUGAGAACAGAUGCGCUUCCGCCGGGUGCAGUCAUACCUGUCUGCUCGUACCUCGGGGCUAUCGCUGCUCAUGUCCAGACGGAAUUUCCAAUAAAAACCUGAACUUACAGAAGUGUGAUGCUGCCUUUGAGCAGCCAAAAGCAGCUCCGUAUAGGUGUCCUUGUCUGAACGGAGGCAUGUGUACGUCGGUCUCUAGGGACAACGCGGUCUGCAAAUGCUCCGAAGACUUUGAGGGAACGCACUGCGAGAACUUCGUCGCUAAAACGCGGUUAAUUGCCACCAAUAACAACAAUAUCGCUGCGAUCAUGACCCCAAUCAUUAUCGUCCUUAUUUUAAUGGUCGGAGGCGCCGCAUUAUUUGUUGCAUUCCGCAAGACGCAAUUUAAAACUGCCAACGGUUACGGGGGUAACCCGAGCGUGUCUUUCGGUGGUGGAGGCGUUGACUUCUCAUCACACUUUAUGCGGUCGGCCAGAAAUGAACCCAAUGGAGAUCCAAUCGACGGAGGUGAAUUCAAUCUCGGCGAUGUCAAACAGCCCACAGAUUUCGCCAACCCAAUGUACGACGCGCUGGGCACGGUGCCAGGUGACGGAAAGCCACUUGUCGAGGAUGUUUCCGGUAUUGCGAUAUCUGGGUCGGGCACAUCGGGCUCAGCGAUCCUGACGCCGUCCGUAAUUACGCAGAUGAGCAGUCCUCAGCUGAAGUUCAAGAAAAAAGCGCUCAAUCCAACGUCAAAGGACACCGACAAAGAUACGGCCAUGUUGGUCGAGGAAGAUGCUUCCGAGGCUUAGAGCCUCGGCGCAAAACAAACAGUUAGCAAAUCGAAAAAAAACCAACUACACCAACGAAACCGAGUAGAAAAUCAGCUCCGCAUCGUCGUUAAAGCAACCAGCAUCUACCGGCGUAGAUAUAAAAAUGGAUGUAGAAUUGAUUAGAACAGUCUAAAAUAACGCUUUCAUAGAUUACGAUCGGCGGAUUUCGUUUUUGAAACUAUAAGCUAGAAAACAACAUCGGGAUUGGGAGUCUAUAUGACAACGAGGUUGCUAAUCACAGUUGUAAAGGUAUGGAACCGUAUUAAAUCGAAUGUAAAAUAGGCUGAAAUCGUAAAAAUAAACAGCGAUCAAAUAUGGACACUACAUGUGGGUUGGGUUGUUGCAUGGAAGAUGAUCAGCCCGUAGCUAUGGGCGAUGACACUUUAGAAUUAGAUUAAUGUCCACAAGUAAACGUGUGAUAGGACAAUAGAAAUGCUGGCGAUCAGUUAGAUGGUGGGAUGAAAUUGACGAUGGCUUGUAUCGACCUGGGGUCGAUCGACCAGGACAACGGGCACACAUGAACCGAGAUAGAUUAUAAUUGAUUCGUCACAUUCGAGUCAUACGAAGUCAUUCUACAAGGAAAAUAACAGGAUGCAAUCAACAAGUGGCAAUAUACAACAAAGCAAAGCUUGAGCCAAGUUAGAAGUAACGUAAUGCGAAUAAGAUCACUGUAUAAAUAUAAUAUCGAAUCCCUAUAUUAUUUUGUUGCAGGCAAGUUAAUGAUGCAAUGUAGCUUGCUACCUAUAUAAUAACUGGUCUGUUAGGAGAUGACGAACUAAAAGAAGUUUACGUCUUGGCACCAUCGGAGUUGGGUGGCUGGAGCAACACAGGGUGAAAUAGACGAUAUGAAAGGUCGAACGAAGUACUACCGUUAAGAAAGAUACACAUCCGUGCAUAAGCAUACAUAACACAGCCCAGAAGGACGAACGAGUUACAACGGACGGGCAAACCCACCAACGCCGUGCUACCGUUGACGAAAAUUAUAUUAACAAAAAGGUGUUACAUUUAAAUGAACUUGAGAAACGUAACGUGACCUAUACAUUUGCAGAAAAAGAGAUCUAUUGUGAACAGGUUUGAAACGAUUUUUUUUUUACCUCCCCUGUUAGUGUUUGUAUUAGAAUAAUUCGUAUCUAUUACCAUUAUUAAUCGAAGAAAUUCGACAAUACGAGACGGUACGAGAAAAUGUGCAUUCCAAUUAUCGCGCCAUAGGAAAAACAGCGGUGACGGUGCUGGUGGCAGUUGCUGGCCCCGCGGCCGUCGCCGGUAUCGGUAUGGUGUUAUCCAGCAACCGGUGCAGAAUUCGCAUUCCCAUGGGGUAGCCAGAAAUGACUGUGUGCUGCGAUAUAGGUUGGGAUGAACGCUGGAAGGCGUUUCACUAUCUGUGGUUGGUAGACUUGGCGAACGGAAGAGAUAGAAGCGUUCUUUGAAGUCUCUGUGUGUAAAUAGCAAACAAAGAUUAAUAAUUUUAGCUAAAAUAGAAUAGAUGAUAAAGGACGACUAUGAUAAUGUGGGAGAGAGCGUAUACUGGAACGGAGACGAGAGAUAUAUAUGUAUUAGGCGCCAUGUCUUCCUCGAACAAACCACAUACCGUAUCUAUAUAUCGAUGAAAGUAUUGCUAUCAGGUAUGAGUCGAUACCGGACACUGCAGAACUAGAUGAAAAGCGAGCGUUUAUAUUUAACUUUAUUUGGCGAAUUUUUUUUCUGAGGACGGGCGUUGCACUUGGAGUCAUUUAUUACUUCAGUCACACACACACACACACACACACACACACACAUAAAUUACCCAAAGUUAUUAAAAUGCAUAUUUGGGUGGAAAAAUGACGAAAACUACAGAGGAAAUCGAUACGGUUUCUUUGCUAGAACAACAAUUGAUAACACGAAGUUCGGUAGCGUUUAAGCCGGAAGCGACAACGUAGGAUGUUCUAGAUGCUUACUUCGUAUGUAGAGUUCCAACAAGAUAAAAUCUUCUAGUAGGCGAUGAAGCUCUAAAUUAUCGUAAGUAAUGAGUAACUUAGGCUAACGGACGUAUGAAGCUCUAUGAAUGAAGCAAUCGUCUAAAAUAACGAUAUCUAAAACGAAGCAUUUAUUGAAAAUGAUUUUUUAUGUGUGUAUUUAUUGUGUUUAAAAGUGGAUUUUUGUUGUCAUUUAGACAAAAAGGGCAAACGGCAAUAACAAUUUGCAUAGAAAAAAAUCUCAACACUCAACAAUAUGCCACCAACGAAAAUUCAUUCCCGCGCGAUCAUUUGACUGAUUCCUUCAAGACGAAAUAUUACUUUUAUUAUUAUUAUUA